AUGCUGCCCCAUCUCGAGCCGAGGAGGCAAUCUCGACAGGAGACUCGAUCAUCCGGCUCAUCACACGAACGAGGAAGCUCCGCGCCUCCUCCAUGGAACGAUAGCCCUUGGGACGCUGAACCAGACCCUUUGGGAAGCUCUGCCCUGCCACGUCAACGGCCACGAGCGCCCACGGCAAACGCUCCGGACUACUGGAAGGCUUUGCCUGAAGUCCCCUCACGUUUCCGACUAGGGGAAGAUGAGCUGCCGUGGUCAGUUUCGUCAUGGCCUGGCGAGUAUGGAAUGCCCGAUGAAACAGAAGUCGACGACUACUCUUCGGAACUGUCAAUGAAGUUCCGUAAUGUUGCUGUCACCAACGUCGCGCCGAGUUCUCGAACUCCUCGCGAAAGGGAGGACCCCGAAAGACGGUACGAGCUGGAGGCACUUUCCGCGGCUAUGAUGACGGUCGACAAUGGUUUCGAGGACCAAUGGUGGUACCAGGGUGAAAGACAGCAGACGACGCCCCUGGCCGGGGAGCUGUUCACUUCCUCUGCAUAUGCGUCUGCUACGGCAACCGCAGAGGCUGUACCCCAUACGCCAAUACAGACAAAUGACAGAGAGUCGAUGGGUUGGACAGUUGGCCAUGACGACCCUCACAUGAGCUUGAUGAGUGCAACGGCAUACAACCCGAGCGUUUUGGUUUCUCCCAUGACGGAGUAUGCAAGCCCCCGCCUACAUCGAUCUAUGACUACGAGGUCUGAGGAGCUCUUUCUUUGCAACUGA